AUGGGGCGCUUCGUUCAGUUCCUUUGGUCCUCCUUGGCCUGCGGAGUGGCAUGCGUUGCUUCCGAAGACUGCGCAGGCGCAGAUUGCUCCGACGCUUCCGCGGUACUGCAGCACAAGACUAAGGCCAAGGGCCGAAGCACUCACUCUCACAGUGGGCGCGAGUGUUCCAAGCCUUAUCCCUUCAUCUGGGACAAUGACGCGAACUACGACGACACCUUGGCGCUCUUGUACCUGGCGCACAGUGAGAACCUCGAUUGGAAGGCGAUCACGAUCGAGUCGGAUGGGAUGGGAACCCCACAUGGAGGGCCCACGAACAUUGCAGCCGCGGCAAGCCUGGUUGGCUUGGGUGAUGUUCCCAUUGCCAUGGGGGGCCUCUCGAGCUUGAGUCCGAUUGCCACCAUGCCUUUGCAGUGGCGUCUUGAGACCGAUGAGUUCUUUGAGCGGAUGUUUAGAGGCGGGAUCUUGGAUGAGACCGACAGGGCAAUCGUGGACUUGACUGCGGCACAGCUGAUCGUGAAGAUCUUGACGGAGUCCGCCUGCCCCGUGGUCAUUCUAACCACAGGCCCAGCAACCAAUGUGGCAGAAGCGCUGGACAUGGAUCCGUCGAUUGCAGGGAACAUCCACGGGAUCUACAUGAUGGGUUCUGCCUACGGCGUUCCAGGCACCAACAAUGUCUACGAUUGGCAAAUGACAUACAACGGUGUGAAGGGCUCCUGCACCGAAGACGGGGGCCAGACCUACACCGGCCUGUCGCCUCCACUUAACAGGAGCGGAGUGGUAAGCGCGAUUCGUCCAGAAUGCCGAGGAGUUGACAUGACUGCACACGGCGACACAGAGUGGAACGUCUUCAUGGACGUACGUGCAUGGCACAUGGUCUACGGCUUUCUGAAAGACUUGCCUGCGCAUCACGUCUAUGUCCUGGCUGCAAAUGCCACGCUGAACAUGCCGGUGACACUCGAAGAAAUGGAGGAGUAUGCAGCUAGGCGGUGCAAAUACUUCUUUCAUGGCCAGGCAGCAACGCUGGCGGAUCCAGGCCUCAGGAUCUUUGUCACCGAGCUGGCCAAGGCCUUCCUGGCAGCCGGAGAAGCCAAGUGGUGGGAUGCUCAGUGUGCGGUGGUGAUGGACCAAGUCUUGUCAGGGCUGAAGACGGGUGUGUGCUCCAACUGGUACGAUGACAAGUUGACCAGUGUAUCCCUCGUGUGGAGAUCCAAUCUUACUGAUGGUGAGCUGAACCCUUAUGGUAGCGUCUAUGACGACGCGGACGCGCACGCUCCCCCGAUCGACUACUGCUUAGAUGGUGACCCAUACGUGGCAUCUGCUUGGUGCAAUGGCUACACUAUUGUCGUCGUGGCAGGUGCAGCGUCAGGUGUGAGGAUGGGGCGCUUCGUUCAGUUCCUUUGGUCCUCCUUGGCCUGCGGAGUGGCAUGCGUUGCUUCCGAAGACUGCGCAGGCGCAGAUUGCUCCGACGCUUCCGCGGUACUGCAGCACAAGACUAAGGCCAAGGGCCGAAGCACUCACUCUCACGGUGGGCGCGAGUGUUCCAAGCCUUAUCCCUUCAUCUGGGACAAUGACGCGAACUACGACGACACCUUGGCGCUCUUGUACCUGGCGCACAGUGAGAACCUCGAUUGGAAGGCGAUCACGAUCGAGUCGGAUGGGAUGGGAACCCCACAUGGAGGGCCCACGAACAUUGCAGCCGCGGCAAGCCUGGUUGGCUUGGGUGAUGUUCCCAUUGCCAUGGGGGGCCUCUCGAGCUUGAGUCCGAUUGCCACCAUGCCUUUGCAGUGGCGUCUUGAGACCGAUGAGUUCUUUGAGCGGAUGUUUAGAGGCGGGAUCUUGGAUGAGACCGACAGGGCAAUCGUGGACUUGACUGCGGCACAGCUGAUCGUGAAGAUCUUGAACGAGUCCGCCUGCCCCGUGGUCAUUCUAACCACAGGCCCAGCAACCAAUGUGGCAGAAGCGCUGGACAUGGAUCCAUCCAUUGCAGGGAACAUCCACGGGAUCUACAUGAUGGGUUCUGCCUACGGCGUUCCAGGCACCAACAAUGUCUACGAUUGGCAAAUGACAUACAACGGUGUGAAGGGCUCCUGCACCGAAGACGGGGGCCAGACCUACACGGGCCUGUCGCCUCCGCUUAACAGGAGCGGAGUGGUAAGCGCGAUUCGUCCAGAAUGCCGAGGAGUUGACAUGACUGCACACGGCGACACAGAGUGGAACGUCUUCAUGGACGUACGUGCAUGGCACAUGGUCUACGGCUUUCUGAAAGACUUGCCUGCGGAUCACGUCUAUGUCUUGGCUGCAAAUGCUACGCUGAACAUGCCGGUGACACUCGAAGAAAUGGAGGAGUAUGCAGCUAGGCGGUGCAAAUAUUUCUUUCAUGGCCAGGCAGCAACGCUGGCGGAUCCAGGCCUCAGGAUCUUUGUCACCGAGCUGGCCAAGGCCUUCCUCGCAGCCGGAGAAGCCAAGUGGUGGGAUGCUCAGUGUGCGGUGGUGAUGGACCAAGUCUUGUCAGGGCUGAAGCAAGGUGUGUGCUCCAACUGGUUCGAGGACAAGUUGACCAGUGUAUCCCUCGUAUGGAGAUCCAAUCUUACUGAUGGUGAGCUGAACCCUUAUGGUAGCGUCUAUGACGAUGAGGACGCGCACGCUCCCCCGAUCGACUACUGCUUAGAUGGUAACGUAACCCAGAUGUGGGAGGUCUACUGGCCCAUGGUCAACCAGACCGGCUAG